AUGUCUCGGGGGGGAACCCUAGUCGAAGAAGAAGAGGAGGUGGAGAUGCUGGUCACCCUCUCCGGCGACGGCGCCAUCGUCCGCCGCAGCGGUCGCUUCCUCCGACCGCGGGCCACCUCCUUGUACGAGGCGGCGGCGGUGCCGUUCGUCCCCCUUUUGCGGGAGAUCCUCUCCCAGGAACUCCUCCUCGAAUGGCCUCCUAAGGUCCUCUUCCGCGGGUGGCGGCUGCCGCAGGCGAAAUGGGGCCAGUGGGUGGAGAAGCUCAAACCGAUCUACCGCAACCUGUGGAAGAAGGCGAGGAUCUACGACGCGAUCAUGGCCUCCGUCUGUGGGAUCCGCAGGGAUAGCGCCGCCAUCUUCGCUCUGCUGGAGUGUUGGUGCCCGGAGACCAGCACCUUCGUGCUGCCGUGGGGGGAGGUGACCCUCACCUUGGAGGACGUGACGGUCCUCGGGGGGUUCCCCGUUCAGGGGGAGCCUGUGAGGGUGGGAGCUCUGAGCAGAGACGAGGAGGAGAUCCUCGGGAAGAUGGUGGAGGAGCACAAGGGCUUCCGCCGGAGAAGCGCCAAGAAGGCCUUCCACUACGACUGGAUGAACUUCUACAUGGCGGGGGCGACCGGCGGCGCCGCGGGGGACCAGGCCGAGCAUCUGGCGUUCCUCUCGCUGUGGCUGUCGAGGUACGUCUUCCCUUCCCGGCCCUACGACACCGUCGCGCGGCGGGUCUUCCCAAUUGCCGUGAGGUUGGCGCAGGGGAGGAAGGUUGCCCUCGCUCCGGCGGUCCUAGCUGCCAUAUACCGCGACCUGAGGGAGCUCAAGCAGCACGCUGUCAGCGGCGCCGCCACCGGCCCCGCAGUGUCGUGGGCGCCGUUGCAGGUGCUGCAGCUGUGGGUGUGGGAGCGGUUCAUCUCCCUGCGGCCGGAGCAGCGCCCCCAUUUUCUCCACUGGGACGAGCCCCGCGCCGCCCGCUGGCACUGCCUGGACCAGAAGUCGAAGCUCACCCUCGUCCGGUCGGUACUCGAGUCACCGGAUGAGUUCCAGUGGCGGCCCUACACCACCAACCUCGACGACUGGGGCCACCCCUCCUUCUACAAGGACGGUGGCGAGUGGGCCGUCGUCGGCAGCGGCCCCGCCAUGGACGAUGGCGACGGCAUCUCCCUCUUCGCCCGCUUCCUCCGCCCCUGCGAGCUGGUGGGGCUAGACUGCAUCGAACCCUAUUCUCCCCAGCGGGUGGCCAUGCAGUUCGGGUUGGACCAGGACCUCCCCGGCCGCCUCCCCCGCACUGACACGACAUGGGAGCUCGCGUGGAAGACCUACGAUGGUGGCGCCAUGGAGGAACUCGAGGUCUACGCUCCUCCCAGAUUGCUGGAAUCCGACGUUACCCGCAGGUUCUACGACUGGCAGAGGCACUGCGCUGUGGCCCGCAGUGAAGCUUGGAGGAGUGCUCUGUUUCAGCAGAAGCGGCUAUGGCAGAUGAAGCAGGAGGAGCUCUUCGAUGUGAACCGGUGA